UUUUCCAGGAAUUGCAAUUGGGACAAACAGAGGAGAAGAAUUCCAGUUUACAAAGGAGCUGCUAUAAUUCCUGCUUUUUCUUCUUUCGGCUAUGACUUGAGCCAAGAGUUUAAAACAUUUUCACAAUGAGCAGCUCUGUGGAGUCGGUGUACCUGCUUCUUGUGCUGUAUUCUCUGGGACAGUGUGCAUUGGGAGGGUGUGCAGGUAAAUGUUGCAGGGGAAGAGAUAUGAACUGCCUGACAACAGACUGGAGGAUGGAUAGAGUCUACGGGACGUGCUACUGCGAUGAGGGCUGUGGGCAAACCAGGGACUGCUGCUUUGACUACUUCAAUGAAUGCCCAGCUCAGGACUGUGCGGUGAGCGAGUGGAGCUUUUGGAGUGGUUGUGCCAAACAGUGCCAGCCCUCCAUGAGAGUCCGUGUGCGGCACACAGAGAGACAGCCUUCAAACAACGGAGAGCCCUGCCCCGCUCUGGAGCAGAGGGCAGGCUGCAUACAGUACAGAGACAACAAGGGCAAGCCCUGUGCAGCCCACUCAGGUCCAGCAUUUAUCACCAGUAUGGAGUUUGCCAAGGGAAGACCCAAGUAUGACAGCUAUGGAAACCCCCUGCACCCUGGCUUUUGUGUGGAGUUCAUGCUGGAGUCUCGGACGCCACACUGCGCACUGCAGAACCGGCCCCAAACUCUGUGGAUGCGCUAUAUCACAGAGGGCUUCCGGGUGUGCGUGGCCUGCGAGCCCCCCGCCAUGAGGAACAGCAGCGCCAGGUGCCACGGAGACGGACUGGACGCACACAAAGAAGCUGUGCUCCACUGGCAGGCUCUGGGGAGCCCUCAGUGCAGUGGGACAUGGAAGAAGGUUCAGAAGAGCAAGCACUGCAACUGUCCACCACAGCACAGUUUUGUCUUCAUCUGAUAUAAACAAUCACACCACUGUCUGUGAGCUUUGGCAGAGGCCAACU